AAUUGAAAGAUUGUUAAUUGUAUGGUUAUUAAAUUUUAUGCAAGUGAGCAUACACGUACAUUCACGAUUGGUUAUAUCGUAUGAAUGACAGUGAAUGAACUCGAAUGUUUUCGGUAGAAUUUCAAACUAAUAAGUGACGUUUAUAAUUAAUGGUUGUAAACAUUAAAUAGAAACUUAACGUUUCAAAAAUAUUAUUAUUUGUUUAUACUAUAUACCGCCUAGUACCAUCUGUACUAUAUAAUUAACCUUUUAUUAUCUUUAAACUAACCUAAUGUAUUUUAGUAUUAAUUCUGAACCAGUUACUUCAAAUGAUGAGUGAAAUAAUUUUUUAAAAAUAUAUUUAAAAAUGCUGAUAAUUCUAACAAUUAGCAUCCCAAUCAGAACGGUAUGCAAGUGAUAAAUGUUUCUUUAAGGAAUAUAAUAUACCUAUUAAUUUAAAAUAAUGAGUGAAUUUAAAUUACAUCAUUUGAUAGUUGAAUUAAUUGGAUUACUAGGAUCAUCUUCCGCACCAGAAAAACAUGUAGAAAAAUUGCAGAAAGAGGGUGUACCAACAAGUGCAAGUGCUUUAACAGUUGUGGCAUCACAAAGCUCUGUCCGUAAUUUAGCAAAACAUUCUCCAAGACCUGAAUUAUUUCUUCAAAAAUAUGAAGAAUUGAAAGCAAAAAAGGUUGAUUUAUUAGGUUUAUUUAUUCAGGUUUUGGAACUUAUAUCUGAAGAUAAAGAAUUAAAAAAUUAUUUGGCUAAACAAGCAUUAGCAUUAACAUUAAGUUCUACAAAAAAUUCUGCUAUUACCACAGAGGAUUUACCACAGAUUUGUAAGAAUGUAAUUAAAGCUGCAGUAGAGGGAGAGAAAAAAUUAAAUAAGCAAGUAAGCACAGUCACAAAAAAGUUAGAACCAUCUGUGAUAAAGCAUAAUUGGGUCCACGAGAGACCUCGAAUAACUUGGGACUUUUACAAUGAAUUAUAUGUGACACCAUGCCAAAGAAAAAUAUUUACAGAAGUUGUACCAGUGGUAUCCCAAGAGUCUAUAUUACUUUGGGACAUUUUAUAUUGCUUGAAGGGUAUAGAUGGAUCUUACAUUGUUUCUGAACCUCUAACAAGUCCAUAUGCAGUAAAAACAUUUAAUAUAUCUUCAGAUGUUGGUAUAUCGUACAAACAAAUGACGCAACAAAUAUUACCUCUUGCUUCUCAUUACUCCAUGACAGUUAGAUUUGUAGAAGAAAAAGUUUUACCAGAAGAUGGUCAAGUGAAUCAUGCAUUGAGAGGAGCUAUAAAAUGCUUACUUAAAGAUUAUUUAUUAUUUGUUGUACAAUUGGAAAUGGAACAUAUGCGUGGUAAAUUAAAUUUGCAAAAACUAUGGUUUUAUAUUCAACCCACAAUGAUUGCAAUGUCCAUUCUUUUUCAAAUUACAUCUACUAUAUGUAAAGCAAAUGCAAAAGGUGGGAAAGUACUUAGCCUUCUGCAUGAACAAGCAAAUAAUAUCAGCGGGGAAGCAAAAUUCAAAGAACUGUGUUUGUUUCUUAUACAAACAGCAAGUGUCCCAUACAUGCAAAUAUUGGAAAAAUGGGUAUAUAAAGGUGUGAUAUGUGAUCCAUACGAGGAGUUUUUUGUAGAAGAUAAUGAAUUAAUUCAUAGAGAGGAAUUACCUAUUGAUUAUUCUGCGGAUUAUUGGGAAAAAAGAUAUACUAUGAGACCAGAGAGAAUUCCUACAUUCCUUAAUGAACAUGCACAAACUAUUUUAAGAACUGGAAAAUAUUUUAAUGUAAUUAGACAAUGUGGUAAAACAGUUCAAUGGGGAAAACAAGAACCUUUAAUUUAUCAACAUCAAGGUCAAAAAUAUAUAGCUGCUAUUGAUAGAGCAUAUUCUGAGGCUGCAAAAACUUUAUUAGAAGUCCUCAUACACGAAAAUGAUUUAAUGGGGCGACUUCGUAGUGUAAAAAGUUAUUUCCUUCUUGCACAAGGCGAUUUUAUAGUUCAGUUUAUGAACUUAUGCGAGGCGGAAUUAAAUAAAAGUAUGUACGAUAUUGUCAUUCAUCGAUUAGCGUCCCUUUUAGAAGUGGCAUUGCGUCUGUCUACUGCAGAUUCAGAUCCAUAUAAAGAUGAUCUGAAACCUGAACUUUUACCAUAUGAUCUACAGUUCCAAAUGUUUAGAAUACUUUCCAUUCAAACCAGAGAAGAAAAAGAAUAUUGUUUCCAAACUGAUAAAACUUUAACUGGUUUGGAAGCAUUUGUAUUUAAUUACGAUGUUAAGUGGCCUGUUUCUUUGAUACUCAACAGGAAAGCAAUAGCUUGUUAUCAGAUGUUAUUCAGGCAUCUGUUUUAUUGCAAAUAUAUUGAAAGACGUUUAUGCAGGGUAUGGGUUAGUAAUAAAAUUGCAAAAACUUUUACCCACAAUGUAGCAAUGUCAUAUAGGCAAGCAUUUUCUUUACGGCAACGAAUGCUUGACUGUAUUCAACAUUUGGCAUAUUAUAUGAUGGUUGAAGUUAUAGAACCAAAUUGGUUAACAUUUCUAAAUAAAAUGAGUAAGGUCAGUAACGUAGACGAUGUUUUAAGUGUACAUCAAGACCUGCAGGAUAGUUACUUAAAAGAGUGCAUGUUAACAGAUCCCGAUCUCCUUGGUUGCAUAACAGGAAUCUGUGCUGCUUGUCUUGAUUUUUGCAAUUUUAUGGAGCGUAUGAGCCCAUACUACAUUGACGCCGAAUUGACUUCCAUGAUUGGCGCCUAUCAGGACGAUGUCUAUGAUUCUGAGGGUGAAGACGGUGAUAUGUCUAAAGAAAAUGCAGCCAGUUUCGAGGAAAUGAUUGUAUUACUAGAUGAGAAAUUUACUCAAGUAUUAAUACGUCUUCUAGACAGAAUCUGUGAUCUUGGGUGUGAUAAUAAUAAUGAGAAGCUACUCAACGUCUUUUGUAGGCUAGAUUUCAAUUUAUUUUAUACCGACAUUUUGAUACAACGUGGAAGAGAAAAGACGACGCAAGAAGAUGUUUCGGGUUAAAUAUCAAUCAUUCAUGCCCAGUAGAAUACUAUAUAAUUACAGUCAUAUUAUACACCGUCUACAAGUUUUCACAUAAUGUUUGUAUAUAGUAUUAAAACGUCCACAAAAAUUAAGACAGUACUAAAUCUUGUUGCUAAGAAAGAUUCAAUUUAAUUAUGCAACAAUAUUUUAUUUAAGAUAUCAAAAUUACCACCUCAAUUUAUUAAACAUCACUGAUCCUUUCAUAUCUAUCACCUUGUACAAUUAUAAAAUU